AUGGCUUCAGAAUCUGAAUCAAUUGUUUCUAAAGUUUAUUGUUCUCAAAAUUUAGAGAAUGAUUCUAUUCCAAUUGGUAAAGUUCAAACAACUGGUGAUGGUAAUGAAUUUGUUAUAAUUGACAAUAAAAAAUAUUAUCGUCAUGAAUUAUUAUCUGCAUUUGCAGGUACUUUUGAACCUGGUUUACAUCCUCAAAAUCCUCAUAAAUUUGGUAAUGCAGCUGCUUUAGGCCUUGCUUCAUUUUCUGUAAGUUCAUUAGUUUUUAAUCUAUAUGGACUAAAUGCAAAAAAUAUUCAUAUUCCAAAUGUUGCAAUUUCAUUAGCUAUUUUUUAUGCGGGUACAAUGCAAUUCCUUGCUGGUAUUUGGGAAGGUGUAUGUGGUAAUACAUUUGGUAUGACUGCUUUGAUUACUUAUGGUUCAUUUUAUCUAUCUUAUGGUGCUAUUUUUAUUGAAUCUUUUGGAAUUACAACUGCUUAUAUGACUAAAGAUCCAUUACAAAUGAAAUCUGCAGUGGGGUUCUUUUUUAUGGGUUUUGCUAUAUUUUCAUUUUUAAUGUUAUUAUGUUUAUUAAAAUCUGAAUUAUCAUUUGUUAUAUUAUUUGUUUUUAUAUUUUUUACAUUUUUAUUACAAGGUGCUGGUUAUUUAGCUGAUAAAGAAUCCGUAAUUAAAGCAGGUUGUGUGUUUGGUUGUUUGGUUUCUUUGGUUGGUGGAUGGUGUGCGUUCCAGGGAAUUGCUACUCCAACUAAUACUUAUAUCGAACUGCUAAAUUAA